AUGCAAUCAAUCAAGUUGGUAGUUGUAGGUGAUGGUGCAGUUGGCAAGACAUGCCUUCUCAUCUCAUAUACAUCAAACUCAUUCCCAACCGAAUACGUCCCAACCGUGUUUGAUAAUUACUCUGGUGGGUGCAGCGCAUCGAUUGGACCCAAUGUAAUGGUAGAUAAUAAGACAGUUAGCCUUGGUCUUUGGGAUACAGCAGGUCAAGAGGAUUACGACCGUCUUCGUCCACUCAGUUACCCACAGACAGACGUGUUCCUGAUUUGUUUCGCCAUCAUCAGUCAGACGUCGUUCACCAAUGUAAAGUCAAAGUGGUAUCCAGAGGUCACGCAUCACUGUCCCAACAGCACGAUCAUUCUCGUUGGCACCAAGUGCGAUCUGAGGGACGACAGGGAGGCCUUGGAGAAGCUCAAGGAGAAGAAUCAAACACCUCUCUCUCCACAGCAAGGAGAGCAGAUGGCAAAGGACAUCAAGGCUUAUUGUUAUUUAGAGUGCUCUGCCCUCACCCAGAAAGGACUUAAACAGGUAUUCGACGAAGCCAUCAAGGCUGUUAUAUUCCCAGACAGGGACAAGUCGAACAAAUCCGGCAAGUCCAAGUGCACUAUACUAUAA